GCGUGCCAUUUUCACCCGUCUACCUGUGUUUACCUCCUCCAGCUCUCAUUCACAGACCGCAGCAGCAGCAGCAGCUGCAGCAGCAGGGCCGUCGGAGCGACGCUUCAGCCGAGACAUGAGCGGACGAGUCGGAGACCUGAGCCCCAAGCAGGCCCAGACCCUCACUCAGUUUCGGGAGAGGAUUCAAGAUGUCCUCCCCAGCCUGCCCGCUCAGCAUGACCACUACCUCCUCCGCUGGCUCCGAGCUCGUAACUUCAAUCUUCAGAAAUCAGAGAACAUGAUCAGAAAGCAUGUGGAGUUCAGGAAGCAGAUGAAAGUGGACACCAUCAUAACUGACUGGAAGCCUCCAGAGGUGAUUGAGAAGUACGUAUCUGGUGGGAUGUGCGGCUAUGACCGAGAGGGGAGUCCCAUCUGGUACGACGUCAUCGGCCCUCUGGACCCCAAAGGCCUGCUGCUGUCAGCGAGCAAACAGGACUUCAUGAAGACGAAGAUCAGACACAUCGAGAUGCUGCAGCGGGAAUGUCGGAGGCAGUCUGAGAAGCUUGGGAAGAACAUAGAGUCCACCACUCUGAUUUAUGACUGCGAAGGACUUGGACUGAAGCACAUUUGGAAACCGGCUAUCGAGACUUAUGGAGAGAUCCUCACCAUGUAUGAAGACAACUACCCUGAGGGGCUAAAGAAGGUGCUUCUCAUUAAAGCUCCUAAAAUGUUUCCGAUGGCCUACAACCUGAUCAAACACUUCCUGUGCGAGGAAACGCGACGGAAAAUCAUGGUUUUAGGAAGUAACUGGCAGGAAGUGCUGCGGAAGCACAUCGACCCGAACCAGCUUCCUGUGGCAUAUGGAGGAACCCUGACCGACCCCGACGGAGACCCUCGCUGCAGAACCAUGAUCAACUACGGCGGGAACGUUCCCAAGUCUUACUACGUGCAGGAGUCGCUGAAGGUUCAGUACGACAGUAGCGUCACCGUCAGCCGCGGAUCAAGCUUGCAGCUGGAGUUCGACGUUGCUGCCCCCAGCAGCCUCCUCAGGUGGCAGUUUGCCAGUGAUGGAGCAGACAUCGGGUUUGGAGUGUACCGCCGCACCAAGGACAGCAAGAGUCAGAAAGUAGCCGAGAUGAUGCCGGUUCUUCCUAGCGAGCGGUACAAUGCUCACCUGGUCCCAGAAGACAGCUGCCUCACCUGCUCAGAGCCAGGAGUCUAUGUGCUGUGUUUUGACAACAGCUACAGCGUCCUCCAGUCCAAGAAGGUUAGCUACAACGUGGAGGUGAUUCCUCCUGGGGAUGAACAGCUGCAGACUCCGUGCAGCAGAGGGGACGUGAGGCUGCAGUGAGGACACGCAAACAUUACAUCUCACAUUUUGGUCACCUGUACUGGAUUUAACCUCAGCGUCUCUCAGUGCACUGCGUGUUAGUUCCUAAUUGUUUUGGGCCUUAAUUGGCCCAAAACAAUUAACAAUUAAAGCUGAUUAAUGUGAGGAUGAGAAGCAGUGCUGUGAAUGCAGUGCACUGCAACUGUCCCAAAAUGAUUCAGAACUGAACCACAGAGGUCGGUUCAAGCAAAGUAAAGUUAUAAUAAAUUCUCAUUUUAAUGAACAAUCAUUUUUUUCAGAUAUUUAUUUUUGGAUCAAUAUCCUGCAAGAUUUGCUAGAUCAUGAACCCAGCUGCACAUGCUGUCUAUACUGCCAUCUACAGGUCAGUUUUGGGUGAUCCAACGUCACCAAUAACAGUUUCCUCACACCACCUGGUUGUGUUUUCAGCACUUUGCUAAACGUUGUUGAGUUCUACUUUUACAUUUAAUGUGCAUAACAGUAGGACCUGUCCACUUCACCAGAGGUGGAGCUAAAAAUUGCCCGCUGCUCACUCAGGAGUGGCGAACUACUGAUUGGCAUCGGAGUUCAGAGCACAACAUCAGUAUUUUCCAAAUUCAAUUCAAAUGCAAUUAAAAAAUACUGUAUUGAUUCCAAAGAGAAAUUUGAUUAAUUUACUGUAAAUGAAAUAUAUUUUCUUAUUGUAUGACUGUAUUCAUACAUUUAUGCUCUCUAACCAUAUUUCACUGCUGCCACCACAUGUUCUGGAGGUGAACUGCAGUAAUGCCUUUUUGUCAUUCUGAAGCCUUUCUGUUCUUGUGAUUGGUGUUUGUUUGAAAUACCCACUUUCAUCCAAGCUAAAAGCUCCUGACUGACAUCAUGAGAUAUUAUGAUACCACCUACACUAUUGUGUACAGUGCACCAGCCUAUAGAGGGAAAUCUUUCCCCCACAUGCUGCUGACACCUCCUUUCUUCAUAGUUUCUGUGAAGAAACACCAGAUUUUGCACACCAAAGCAUGUUCUUCUGGAGAGAAUCUAUCUGAUUUCUGAAAAGACUCUUUGAAUUUUUACCAGCUGUUCAGAUUUGGAUAGAAUUAUUUGAAUAGAAAAACUGCAUCUCCUAAAGUCUUUUGGAAAUUGUACCCAUCUGAACUGACUUUUUCCCCCUUGAUGUUUUAUCAUCAUGCAGGGCAGGGGCCUCUCCGGAGGAAUCUGCAUAAAGCGUUGCCUUAGCAUAUAUUCACUGACUGAUAAUAAGUGAUUAUUCAUAUUUUGAAGUAAUGUAAAUAUCUAAUUUUGAUAUUCUUUGUGUGAAAUCUGUUAAUAGAACCACUUGACUGAUCUGUGUGUGUUGAGCUGUUUUUAAUAGCAGCCCAAAAUAAAACGCAUGAGGGAGGCGCAAGACAGACGCCACUGAAGUAUUGACUCUGCAAGCAGGAAACUGUUGGGGCAUGUCGUAAACGUGUAAUAAUUUAUUUUAAUUUAUGAAAGCUUCAUUACAUCAAGGUCAUCAAUGUUGAAAUGUUGCAAUAAAAACCUGUUCUGUUUAAA